CCCCUCACCGGUCCGACUGUAUUGCCUGGAAGAGCAGCUGGAGAAGCCUCCGCCUGCUCAAAGUGGGAUUGGACAGCAGCUGGUGUCUCCUCACAGCUCCUGGAGCCGCAGACACCGCUGCGGCGGCCGACACUGCCCAGGCCGGCAGCAGGCGGGCACGGUUUCAGCACCGUGGACAGCGCCCGCCCGCGGCCCUCCCGCCCGCCGCGGGCUUGAGCAGGUGCAGGCGGCGAGCUAUGCCCGCGGCAUGGCCCGGCGGUCGGGCCCCAUGGCGCUGCUCCUCAGCUUGGGCCUCCUCGGGCUAUGCUCAGUGGUGUGGGCUACGGAUACAGAGGAGCGGCUGGUGGAGCAUCUCCUGGAUCCUUCCCGCUACAAUAAGCUCAUCCGCCCAGCCACCAAUGGCUCUGAGCUGGUGACAGUACAGCUUAUGGUAUCACUGGCCCAGCUCAUCAGUGUGCAUGAGCGGGAGCAGAUCAUGACCACCAACGUCUGGCUGACCCAGGAGUGGGAGGAUUACCGCCUUGCUUGGAAGCCUGAGGAGUUUGACAAUAUGAAGAAAGUUCGGCUCCCUUCCAAACACAUCUGGCUCCCAGAUGUAGUCCUGUAUAACAAUGCUGAUGGCAUGUAUGAGGUGUCCUUCUACUCCAAUGCCGUGGUCUCCUAUGACGGCAGCAUCUUCUGGCUGCCCCCGGCCAUCUACAAGAGCGCAUGCAAGAUCGAAGUAAAGCACUUCCCAUUUGACCAGCAGAACUGCACCAUGAAGUUCCGCUCAUGGACAUAUGACCGCACCGAGAUUGACCUGGUGCUCAAAAGCGACGUGGCCAGCCUGGAUGACUUCACCCCCAGUGGUGAGUGGGACAUCGUGGCCCUGCCCGGCCGGCGCAACGAGAACCCUGAUGACUCCACUUACGUGGAUAUCACGUAUGACUUCAUCAUCCGCCGCAAGCCCCUCUUCUACACCAUCAACCUCAUCAUCCCCUGCGUGCUCAUCACCUCCCUGGCCAUCCUGGUCUUCUACCUGCCAUCGGACUGCGGCGAGAAGAUGACGCUGUGCAUCUCCGUGCUGCUGGCGCUCACCGUCUUCCUGCUGCUUAUCUCCAAGAUUGUGCCGCCCACCUCGCUCGACGUGCCACUUGUUGGCAAGUACCUCAUGUUCACCAUGGUGCUCGUCACCUUCUCCAUAGUCACCAGCGUGUGCGUGCUCAAUGUGCACCACCGCUCGCCCACCACUCACACCAUGGCGCCCUGGGUGAAGGUCGUCUUCCUGGAGAAGCUGCCCGCGCUGCUCUUCAUGCAGCAGCCACGUCCCCGCUGCGCCCGACAGCGCCUGCGCCUGCGGCGCCGCCAGCGCGAGCGUGAGGGAGCGGGCGCCCUGCUCUUCCGUGAAGCCCCUGGGGCCGAUUCCUGCACAUGUUUUGUCAACCGUGCCACCGUCCAGGGCUUGGCAGGGGCCUUUGGAGCUGAGCCUGGGCCGGCGGCUGGCCCAGGACACUGCAGCGGCCUGUGUGGCUGUGGCCUCCGGGAGGCGGUGGAUGGUGUGCGCUUCAUUGCGGACCACGUGCGGGGCGAGGACGAGGAUCAGAGCGUCAGUGAAGACUGGAAGUACGUCGCCAUGGUGAUCGACCGCCUGUUCCUCUGGAUCUUCGUCUUUGUCUGUGUCUUCGGCACCAUUGGCAUGUUCUUGCAGCCCCUCUUCCAGAACUACAGCACCAGCAGCUCCUUGCACCCAGACCGCUCUGCUCCCAGCUCCAAGGUUGGGGAGCCCUCACAGGCCAGGGUUGGUAAAUACAGGAAAAAGGGAGACUGCUGGAGAAAUUAGACCCAUGAGAAGUUGAAGACAAGAAUGAAAAGAAAAAAAGAGGCCCAGAGAGUUGACAAUGUGACAAUUUGCUGUAAGAAUAUUGUGGCUUGCUGCCAUAUACACCUACUCAUCAGAUGGAAAAAAAUGGCUGAAUGGCUGGCCUGGAGUAACAGCCUGGAAAUUGGCCCUGGGGAGGAUCCUGUGUAAGGGACCUGGUGGGGUCUCCUGGAAGCAGGGACAGCUGGGUUUCCUCUUGCAGCCCCUUUACUUUGGGAAGUUAAAGCUGUAAACUGCACAAGACCAGACCUGCUCCCAGAACACUGGUUUGAUAUGGGCCUAAGUCUUGGAAACAGCAUUAAAUUGUGGGCCCCCUAAAUGAAAUGCCAGGUGAAGGGCAACUGAAGUGGGCUGAAGAGACACCCUGUCAUCCCAAGGGGAGGCCCUCAUGUCUAGCCCACUUAGGGUGGGUGGUGGAGACAGUCUCAUCCCUCUGCAGACAGUGCCAGGGCACUCGCCUUAGUGCUUUAAGUAAAUUGUCCACUUUCUCAAAGACCUAGCUCCACAUUUUCCUCAGAACCAGAGGCUGCCUGAGAACAGAGGACAGAGGCACGAGAGGCUCCUGACACGUCACAGGGGCAGAGACGUCGCCCUCAUGGACUUUAAAUCAGACCAUUCAACUCGCCGAGCAGUGGUGUUCACAAGACUGGGAAAGACACCAGAUGAGCUCCAGUCCUUAUGUAACAGCCCCAACUGUGCCAGGCCCUCCUGACCUCACCUAUUCCAUCCAUGUAAUAUUUGAGGACGAAGGUUUCACUGUCACUCAGCCUCACUGUUAGGUAUCUUUUUGUUCUCUGGUAUGAUAUUGGUAAAAAGUCCAGGAUCGUGUAGAAAUUCUGGUACAGUGGCUCACACCUGUAAUCCCAGCACUCUAGGAGGCGGAUGCAGGAGGAUCCCUUGAGCUCAGGUGUUCCAGACCAGCCUGAGCAAGACCCCAUCUUAGAGAAAAGCUAGCCAGGCAUUUUGGGAGGCGCCUGUAGUCCCAGAUACUCAGAGGGCUGCAGUAGGAUCACUUGACCCCAGGAGUUUGAGGUUGCUGUGAGCUGUGAUGAUGCCACUACCACUCUAGCCUGAGGAACAGUGAGCCUCUGUCUCAAAAAAAAAAUAAAAAAGGAAUAACUACUGGAGUAAAUCACAAUGUAGAAAGAACAACAUUCUCUUUAAAUUCAAGAUGGAGAGAUAUUUUGGAUGCCAUUUAUGAAGUAAAGACCAUAAAUAAAGAGCAAUGGUCUGCCUCCUAAGACGGUGGCCAAGCCUGUCCUGUUCCUGGCUGCAACUUUAUUCUAAAUAUGAAUAUCCCUGCAGGCAAAAGGGCUGGGGGCAGGUAGAUUGGGGAGAGGUAGAAAAAUACCUCCAAAGGGAGAGCUGGAAUUGUGACACUGUUUGGGGAUGUUUUCCUACUUGACAUCUUACCAUUCCCUCAGGACAAGAUACUUAGUAGUAGGCUCUGAUGGGAAGGGAGCGUGGAGCUGGGAAGGAACUGAGAGGUGCCUGAUGCCCCCCGCCCUGUCUGGAGGCCUGCGCAGAGGUGCUGAGGGGCUGCUCUCCUCCCGGGGGAAGGCUGACGUCAUCC